CGAUGCUUUAUCUUGUGCAACAGAGAUUCUUGCGCGGGGGAGAGGCGGGGAAGGACGCGCUAAUCAGAGGGCGGGGGCUCGGGUUGGGGUCUGGUCCUGAACCCAUCUACCCACCACGAGAUGGUGGAGAUCUAGGGAGGGUUCACUUUCCUUCUGAGAUUCUGGUAUAAGGGGAAAGAGACGUGUUGAGUCUAUAAAGCUGUGCAGGUGGCACAGCCGAGAAGAGAGAAUUGGGGAAACGAGGAAGGUUCCAUGAGAUGACUUGAACUACGGAAACGUUUGGCAGAGGAAAAGGGCUUCAGUUUUAAUGUGAGAUCACUGGAAGUUGAGGCUGGGCUUCAUCACCAGACCUCCUCGCCAACUCCUAUCCCUUCUGUGUACCGGAUACCAAUUACCUCGAAUUCCAGUACUUUGUACUCAGCCCAGGCCCAGAGCCAUGGCGGUGUCCUCAUCAACUUCCUGGGAGCUGCCCCUGGUAGCUGUGUGCCAGGUAACAUCAACACCAAACAAGCAAGAGAACUUUAAAACAUGUGCUGAGCUGGUUAAAGAGGCUGCCAGACUGGGUGCUUGCCUGGCCUUUCUGCCUGAGGCAUUUGACUUUAUUGCACGAAAUCCUGCCGAGACAUUACUCCUGUCGGAACCACUGAAUGGUGACCUAUUGGGACAAUAUAGCCAGCUUGCCAGGGAAUGUGGAAUCUGGCUGUCCUUGGGUGGUUUCCAUGAGCGUGGCCAAGACUGGGAGCAGAAUCAGAAAAUCUACAAUUGUCAUGUGCUUCUGAACAGCAAGGGAUCAGUAGUGGCCAGUUACAGGAAGACACAUCUCUGCGACGUAGAGAUCCCAGGUCAGGGGCCUAUGAGAGAAAGCAACUAUACCAUGCCUGGACACACUCUUGAACUACCUGUCAGAACACCGGCAGGCAAGGUUGGUCUGGCAAUCUGUUAUGACAUGCGGUUCCCUGAACUUUCUCUGAAAUUGGCUCAAGCUGGGGCAGAAAUACUUACUUAUCCUUCAGCGUUUGGAUCUGUUACGGGCCCAGCCCACUGGGAGGUGUUGCUGCGGGCUCGUGCCAUUGAAUCUCAGUGCUAUGUAAUAGCAGCAGCGCAAUGUGGACGCCACCACGAGACAAGAGCAAGUUAUGGCCACAGCAUGGUGGUUGACCCUUGGGGCACAGUGGUGGCCCGCUGCUCAGAGGGACCAGGCCUCUGCCUUGCUCGAAUUGAUCUCCACUUUCUGCAGCAGAUGCGCCAACACCUGCCUGUGUUCCAGCAUCGCAGACCUGACCUCUAUGGCAGUCUGGGUCAUCCACUCUCUUAAUGCUUUUAACUUCUGUUGGUUCAGACACACAAACACGUGCCAACUGUGAGGUGAUGCUACUGUGACUUGUAGGCAGGACCCAAGCACGGUUCCCUUCACUUGCAGAACUUUAAACACUUUUAAUGGAACACAGGCUCAAUCAAGUCCAAGGGAAAGAAGAGACUUUGACCUGACCUCAGAUUUCAGUUUCAGAAGAGUGGAAUUUCAUAUAGUCACUGUUUAUUUCAUGAAAACUGAAGUUAUGCUGAGGGCUGAGCAGCACUGGCAUUGAAAAAAAUAUAUAAUAAUCAUAAUGUCUGGACAUCUCUCUUGGGGGCUGGAUGGGGAGGUGGAAUUGUACCUGCUUGAUUGAGUAGGCUUCUCUUGUAAGCUUCCUGGCUCAAACAUGCCUCCGUACCUAAGAAAGUGCGAUGCUUAGUGUGUGUACCGGCCCUGUUCUCCAGUGUGGGAGAAGGGAGGAUAGAGGAACAGGAGGAGCUGAUACUAAAUACCCCACUUUCUCUCAAGCCAGAAGGAAGCAAAGGGAAAAUUCCUACCCCUUGGGGUGGGGUAAGAAUUUAUUUUCACUGGAAGAGGGAAGGAAAAUGUCACACCCCCAGCCCCUCCUCUUCAGAGAAAGUGUGCACUAACUAGCAACCUCUACUCCACCCAUCCGUGUAUUGGUGUUCACUACACAGCAUAGUUGGGAGGGUAAUUAGGCUGGCCCAAUCCUCUGAAGUCUGCUGAAGAUCUGACAAGGGGAAAAGGAGGGAUCCAUACCAUACCAGGCAGCAGUUUCAAGCUAUGGAAUGAAGGGAAGGCAGAGGAGCAGCACCUGAGGCAGGAGAGAGUGCAAAGGGCCACAGCUUAUUUGUUUUUUAAAAAUUCUAUAAUUUGGAAGAAGGUGGUAAUUAAUUUCCAAAAUACACUUCAGAGUCCCACCUUCCACAAGCUCCUUUACUCACAGCCCUUUGGUUUUUCAGACAAAAUUUAAGAGCCCUCAUAAAGCCAUAAGUAUUGAUUACCCCUCAAUGCACCUGGAAGCAGUGUUCAAUCCCUUACAAAGGCUAUGUUCCAGAGACUCUGUCCCUAUACACUUGUCUUACGGCUCAGUGGUAAGGUGGCUGAAGACACACAUUAGGGUAAGUGGCAACAGGAAAUGGGGAAGCCCAGGCACAUGGGUGCAGGGAGGGCAGGGACACCACUUCCACCUUCCUUUGUCUUUUCCUUUAAAAAAAAAAAAAAAAAAGGCGGUGUGAUUGGUUGGAAAGGGUAGAGAACAAACCCC